AAAAAUCACAUCACUGCCAUUCAACUUGAUGUUCAAAAAGCGAUUGCAGCAAAGUGGGAGGGGGCAGCGCAGAAAAACUGUCACUGCCAGUUAGUUUUCCCGCAGCCUCAUCCCGCCGCUCCCACCAUUUUCUAAUAACCCUGUGAGCAAGCCCCACCAAAAUAAGCCCAGUGGACAACUUUCACUCCCUCGGAAUUUGUUAAAAAGCGGAGAUUUAACGGCGACGUCGCAAUUGACCUUCGAGCAAGGCGUACAACUUCCCCGUCAUGUUUUCCAAGGCCACUUCCAGCUUCGUCCGUCAGGUUGACCCGGAGGGAAGCCUCAUCCACGUGUCCCGGAUGAAUGACUCCUCCAAAUUACUUCCGAUGGCCCUGGUGGUCAAACGCAAGCGCGUCUGGUUCUGGCAGAGGCCCAAAUACCAACCGACAGAUUUCAAGCUCGGGGAUUUGCUGCUGGGCGAUAAGAAGCUUACACCUGUUGUGUCCAAGAGAGAAUUCCUGGACUACACGGGCAAUUUCGGAGACAAAAUCUCUGGCAAGCUGGACGCCGAGGCCGGCUCCGUGGGCCUGACGCUGGAGGGCCUGGGCUCAUCCAAACUCCUGUCGGACUUUGGCAGCCUGCAGAAAGAGGAACUGAAUGUGGUGAAGUUGUUAGAGGACUCGAACAAGAGGCUGGUGGACAUGGACCACGUGCUGGUGCAGCAGCUCGAGAAGCGCUCUGACGUUCUGGCCAUCGUCAAAGAGAGGAUCCUGACCAGCGCCGCUUGCACCGUCACAGAGACCAAAAAGGAGCAGUGUGCCUUUCGGGCCGUUGUGGGACUGUUAGGUGAGCUGGUGGCCAACAUGAAGGUCUGCAUCAAGGAGCACAACGACAUCGAUACCGACAGCGACGUUUCCUUGACGAUCCCCGCCGACGUGGUCAUUGCAUACAGCGUCCUGGAACUAGAAAUUAAAAAAGACGGCCACUAUAAUAUCUGCCUGUGUCCUGGAUCGAUCGGAGGGGGGUUUGAGGCGGAUACGGUGAGCUCGUGGUGCUCUCAGGAAGACCUGGACGUAACGGAUGGGAGGUGCCUUGAUGAGAAUAUUCCAGAACAGCCACAGGAAAAUGGAUCUCAGGUGGAAGACUUCUCUCCACUCGCGGAGCUUUCCCAAGCAACCCGCUGGGCCUUGUUCUGCAAACUGCAAGUGAUUCUGAGGGACAGAGUGACCCUCACACAUCUGCAGCGCGCGCUCGAGGCGGAGUGCGUUAGCGCGACCCCUGACGCGACGCAGCAGGAGGAACUCACAGGCGGUCCAACCAAACUACCGGACAGCGUCGACAGCGCUCCUCCUCCCCUGAAUGCUGCCCAUCUGUUAGUCAGCGCGUUGGAAGAGCUGCCUGAUGAAACUUUAAACCUCCUGUCUGACAGUCAGCCUGGGUUCUUUGAAGCCUUCAGCGGCCUGAUGAGCCUGUUGCCGGAGAGCAACCGUCCCGUCUGCAUUCAGUCACUUCCCACGCCGCUGUGGGAGAAAGAAGCGUUCCAGCGGGCAGAGGAGCUCCUCAGCACCGUCGGCGCGACGCUGACGGUCGACGGCGACCGGCUGUGCUUGGAGACGGGCGGAAAAAAUGAAGUGCGCGUCUUGGUCCUCCGCCUCAGCGCUUAUGGACUGUCUCUGCUGUGCAGUGGACAAAAACAGGAUAUUCCCCCCUAUUUUGUUUAGGUCCAGACUAUAACAGUAUUUCCCAACAGUUAUUGAUUCACAGUACAUAAUUGACAAUAUAAAAUAUUAUGUAUAUGUAUGUAUAUGUAAAUCUCAAGCAACCGUGCCAUGUCGAUCUUCUGGAGCAGUUCAGAAUCAAUAUUUGGUCUUUAUUUGUAUAUUCAAUUGAAUGAAUGGCAACUGGUGAAGAUAGAUGAAAAAUGGCAAUUUUUUGGGGGGGGGGGGUUGUAGUCACAAUUUUCAGACAAAUCAAGUGAAAUAGGAUCAGUUCUUGCGGUACAUCUGAUGAUCUCUCUCGGCACUGUUGUUGGGAAUUGCAGGAGUACAACUACUUUCUUGAAGGAGGAAAUGAUGUAUUUAUGUAAAAUGUCACUCGUUUAUAUCGUUUUAGUACAACAUGGAGUGUUUUUACAUGUAUUCCUAUUGAUAUUUUAUGUACUAAAACAACUUAAUAGGCUCGUUCUUUAUACAGAGAGAUUCUUAGAGGAAAGUUAAGGAUAAGACCAUUGACGUAAUAAUAUUUUCUGGAGUAAUAACUAUAGCUGUGAGUAAGGUUGAGAGACAUUAUUUCUUUAUUUCUUUUUUUUUUUAAAUAACUACUUAACAUGUAAUGCACGCUAAAGUGCAUCAUCACACUUAUACCAAAAUAUGCUAAAAAGCUAUUAUAGAUUUCUUGCCAAGGUGGCGUUCUAAUUUUAUUGAAGCUACUUUUUACUCGAGAGUACUUUACAAAUAUUUAUCAGAAUGAAUGUAUCUAAUUCCAUAAUAUGGAAUGUUUUGACUUAUUUAUAUUUUAUAUAUUAACUAUGACUCCAUAUAUGAAGCUGCCAUUCCUGUGCACUCAUCGCGAAGUUCUUGUUUGAUGAAUUAUAGGUUUUAAAAGCUUUUCCCAUAGAGUCGAACGGAAAACAAGUUUUCGAUGAAUCUUAAUCAAUAUCUAUUGAUCAUGAUUGUUUCAUGGAUAACUGAGUGAUAUAUGAAUCUGAAUAUGUAUGAUGUGACUUCAAGGAAAAACGUUCACAGGUGGAUUCAGUUUUUCAGGUGUCCCUGUUAUUUAAGAUUUGGCUGAAAGAACAUUUUAAUUUCAUCUUUUUCAACAAGUACCCAACUUGAUCCAGGCCUCACGGCCUUCAGAAGGAAACGCCCUGUUGUGGACGCUCCGUUCCGAUGACAACACCAUUCGAUGUCCAUGUUAGUGUUUUCGUACAUUUAAAACAAUACAGUAUAUCAUACAAAAACACUAAAAUAGACUCCACUGUAUUUAAAAAAAA